AUGGAUAUCGACAUGAGGACAAACAAAUCGACAGAGGAAUUAGCGAAAAGACGGGUCUCCAUUAGCGAUCAGAUCCUCGGCGGGGUGGAUAAUCCCACGUUUGAUCAUCAUCGGCGCAUAAGCGCCAGCUCCGAGCAUAAUUCCGAUCAGGGUCGGGGGAAAUCGAUACUGGCUCACGGGACGGGUAACUACGGUAGCGCGGAGAAUCUGCCACAGCACAAGUUCGAUCUCGAGAACGGCAGGAUCAAUGGGAACAGGAAGAAAUCCGCGUACAGCCUGACCAGCUCCAUCAGGGAUAAGAUUGAAUACUCGGAGGAGCUCGAACGGUCGUGGCUGUACCUAUUCUGCGCGCGAUGCCACGGUCGCGACGACACACCGUCAUGGGAGCCGCCCGGUUGGAGAAAAGCCUGUCCCCAGCCAUUUUGUCCAAGCUACAGAAAAUUCGCCCGGAUACUGUGUCUCUUCCUGUUAGGGCUGCUACUAUGGGGCAUGGUCUACUGCAUCCUGGGCGAAGACGCCGCCCCCGGUGGUCCGUUGUUUGGUCUCGCCGCUCUUUGUUUGGCCGCACAUUUCGGCGGAUGGUUGUUCUCCUUGACCACCCUUCCCGCCUUGAUCGGCAUGCUGAUCACCGGUAUCAUACUUCAGAACGUCGGCCUGGUCCACAUUGAGGGCAGCUACUCCGGGUGCAUUUCCAAUCUUCGAAAAAUCGCUCUAGUUAUUAUCCUCACCAGAGCCGGCUUGGAUUUGGACCCGAACGCUCUGAAGAGGCUGAAAGUCACCGUACCGAAACUCGGUCUAAUUCCAUGGCUCGUCGAGGCGGUUGUGGUAGCUACGCUGACAAAAUAUCUGCUCGGUUUGCCCUGGAUAUGGGGUUUUCUGCUCGGAAGUGUAAUAGCCGCCGUUUCGCCAGCUGUCGUGGUGCCGUGUCUCUUCAGGUUGCGCGGCAAGGGUUACGGGGUUGCCAAGGGAAUUCCGACCUUGAUCAUUGCUGUUUCUGGAAUCGAUGAUGCGGCGUCGGUCGCGAUCCAUGGAAUCGUGAAGAGUAUCAUGUUCUCCCAUGACGCCCUAUGGUAUCAAAUCCUGCAGGGUCCAAUUGCUAUCAUCGGAGGUCUUGGAUUCGGUGUCCUAUGGGGCUGGCUGGCUAAAUACGUUCCUGAAAAAGGAGACCCGUUCAUGGUGCCCAUGAGAGUGCUGAUGCUGUUAGGCGGCGGAUUGCUGGCGGUGUUUGGAAGCGAGGCGAUCGAGCUGGGCGGCGCCGGCCCGUUGGCGGUGGUUGCGGCCGCCUUCGUCAGCUGUUACUUCUGGCAGAAACAGGGCUGGGACGUCGACGACAACCCAGUCGCGACAGCCUUCGAGAUCUUCUGGAUGAUCUUCGAGCCGAUUCUAUUCGCGGUGACCGGCGCCCAGAUCAGGAUCGACGAGCUCGAUGGAAAGACGGUUUAUCUAGGUCUGGCUUGUCUGUUGUCUGGUAUCGUGAUCCGUAUUAUCGCGACGAUUCUUGUCGGUGUCGGUUCGAAGCUGAACUUAAAGGAAAAGAUCUUUAUCGCCUUUUCCUGGAUGGCAAAGGCGACCGUCCAGGCGGCCCUGGCCCCAACCACAUUGGACAAAGUAGACCCUAACGACCCAGAACAGGUGUUCUACGCUGAAACAGUGGUGACCAUGUGCGUACUGUCGAUUUUGCUAACCGCUCCAGCCGGGGCCAUCAUCAUCACCCUGUCGGGGCCGAAGCUACUGACAAAGACCACGACACCAGUCACGCCUCCAGAAGGCUGGAAGACGCGAAGACCCUCUAUCCGCGACAUUUCCAUCAUCAACGAGGACCCAGACCUCGAGGAUACCGCGAACGAAAGGAAGCCUUGAAGCUGUUCUUGUCCAAUUAAUGUGGAUCCUGAGG